AUGACAGCACCCCCAGCACCCCUCACAGAGGCCGAAAAGGCACACUUUCUCGAGCACGGCUGGAUCAAGCUCAGCAACUGCUUCACCAAGGAGCAGGCCGACCACAUGACUAGAGACGUUUGGACCCGUCUCGGCAUGGAUCCCCACGACAAGAGUACCUGGACCAAGAAGCGCGUCAACAUGCCCAUGCACUGGGACUACAACAGUAACGACUUUGCCCCAAAGGCCUGGGCAGCCAUCUGCGAGCUCUGUGGCGGCGAGGACCGCGUCGCCGACUUCUCCCGCCGGUGGCGCGACUCGUACAUUGUCAACCUCGGCAGCCCCGAGGGCGAGGGCAAGAUCGUCCCGCCGCACGACCUCGACGGCUGGCACGUCGACGGCGACUUCUUCAUCCACUACCUUGACAGCCCGGAGCAGGCCCUGCUCGUCAUCCCGCUCUUCACCGACAUCGUGCCCAACGCCGGCGGAACGCUCAUCUGCCCAGAGGCAAUCCCCAAGGUGGCCAAGCACCUGUACGAGCACCCCGAGGGCGUCGACCCGAGUAUGCGCACGCGCGACAACCCGCACUUUGGCGUCGUCGACUUCAGGCAGACUGUAAGCUGGUUCGAUCAGCUGGCGCGCACGUGCGAGCACUUUGUCGAGGUGACGGGCAACGUGGGCGAUGUGUUCCUGCUGCAUCCGCUCAUGUUGCACGCUGUCGCCAACAACACGCUGCGCCAUGUCCGUAUCAUCACGAACCCGCCCGUCGCGCUCAAGCAGCCGCACUGCUUUGACAGACCUGACGGCGACUUCAGCCUCGUCGAGCGCAAGACGAUGCUCGCGCUGGGAGGGGAAGACAAGACCAAGGGGUGGAAGGCGACGGGCCCGCGGGAGAAGAUCACGCCCAAGAUGUGGAAGGCCAAGGAGGAGAUGAAGCAGGAGGAGAUCCGGCGGUUGGACGCGGCGAGGAAGGUUCAGGUUGCGGCUUAA